AUGGAGAAGAGUAAUAGACGACGAGUGAUUCUGUUUCCACUUCCAGUACAAGGAUGCAUCAACCCCAUGAUUCAGCUCGCCAAGAUCCUCCACUCAAGAGGUUUCUCCAUCACUUUGAUACACACACGCUUCAACGCGCCAAAAGCUUCAAGCCAUCCUCUCUUCACCUUCUUACAGAUCCAAGACGGCUUGUCUGAAACAGAGACAAUAACUGACGACAACACUUUGCUCUUCACUCUUCUCAACCGAGGAUGUGAGACUCCGUUUCGUGAAUGUUUGACUAAGCUUUUGCAGUAUACAGAUUCAGAGACAGAGGAACAUAAAGAGAAAAUUAGCUGUUUGAUCCAUGAUUCUGGAUGGAUCUUCACAGAAUCUGUAGCCAAGAGUUUGAAACUCCCUAGAUUGGUUCUUAAUGGGUACUCGAUCUCAUUCUUUUGUAGUCAUUUUGUUCUUCCUAGUAUUCGCCGUGAAGAGUAUCUUCUGUUGCAAGGUUCCGAAAAAGAUGAUCAAGCUCAAGAGUUCCCGCCACUUCGAAAGAAAGAUAUUUUACGGAUUCUUGGUGAAAAAAGAGAGCUACUAGAGCCAUACUUGAAUACUAUUUUCCAAACGACAAAGUCGUCUUCCGGUAUUAUAUCCAUGUCCUGUGAAGAGUUGGAGCAAGACUCAUUGAGUCACGCACGUGAAGAUUUCAAACUUCCUAUGUUUGCAAUAGGUCCUUCUCAUAGCAACUUUCCAGCCUCGUCUAGUAGCUUGUUCACACAGGACGAGACUUGCAUUCCAUGGUUAGACAAACAACAAGACAAAUCCGUUAUUUACGUGAGUUUCGGUAGCCUCGCGAAAAUGAGCAGAACAGAGUUAAUUGAGAUUGCUUGGGGCUUAAGUAACAGCGACCAACCUUUCUUGUUGGUCGUACGGGUUGGUUUGGUCAAUGGCACAAUCCCACAAGAACUCUUGGAGAGGCUUAACGAGAAAGGAAAAAUAGUGAAAUGGGCACCACAACAAGAGGUUCUAAAGCAUCGAGCCGUCGGAGGAUUCUUCACACAUAAUGGUUGGAACUCGGUUGUUGAGAGUGUUUGUGAAGGAGUCCCUAUGAUCUGUUUGCCUUUUAUAUGGGACCAAUUCUUAAAUGCAAGAUUUGUUAGUGAGGUGUGGAGGGUCGGGAUGCAUCUUGAGAAUCGGAUCGAGAGAAACGAGAUCGAGAGAGCAAUAAGGAGCUUGUUCUUGGGAAAUGAAGGAGAAGCAAUCCGAGAGAGGAUGAAACUUCUUAAAGAGAAAGUAGAAAGAUCAGUUAAACAAAAUGGUUCGGCUUAUCGAUCUUUAGACCAUCUGGUUGAUCAUAUAUCAUCUUUCUAG